CAACAAAGAUGGAGUCGACGCUUCCGGUUCCGGGCGCUUGCGGUCAGCCGAAGGGAUCAGCUGAUGCCUUGGCUGAUGCUCUGCCUGAGCAAGUGUCUGCAGCGUGUGACUGGAUGUCCUCAGACAAGGACCUGGCCAGACGUCAGUGUUGAUUUGAGGCUGCUCAGAUGUGGGAGAUUGAAGGCCCUCCAGCUGAGCUCAUUCACUGGGAGCAGCUUUUAAAAUGUAAUGCUAAGAUGAUCUGCUUCAUGCCCAGGGCCUAUGGAAUCCCAGGAAGCCACACCCAGUAGCCUGUCAGGAGAGAGCUGUACCUUGGAUCUACCUACAGUGAGUGACGCCAGCAGUUAUGAAGCAUCCCAGAGAGCCAGCCAGGGAAGCAACAGCAACUCUCUGAGUUCUCUGGACUCCCAUCCUUUCCCUUCUUCGACUGCUGAUCCAGAUAGCAAUUCUCUAAAUACCGAGCAAAAAGGCUCCUGGGACUCUGAGAACUUCUGGCUUGAUCCUUCUUCAAAAGGCCAGUUGGAAACCAAUGAAGAGGAGGAUGGACUUCGGAAAUCCCUAGAUCGAUUCUAUGAAGCAUUUGCCCAUCCACUGCCAGGCUCUGGAGAUCCGCUCUCUGCAUCUGUGAGUCAGUCUCUGUCUCGGACAAUCUCUGAGCUCGAGGGCCAGGAGAGCCAAAGGUAUGCUCUCCGCAGUUUCCAGAUGGCCCAGGUCAUCUUCAACCGGGAUGGCUGCUCUAUCUUACAGCAGCAUUCCAGGGAAACCCGCUUUUACCCGCUAGAGCAAGAAGGCAGCUCUGUGGAUGAUGAAGAACCCACCCCAGGACUGUCAAGAGAGGUCAUUCGUUUCCUCUUAGAGCAGACUGUAAUGAAAGACUCAUAGCCGGUGCUGAUGUGAAAGCAGGCAGUGCUGGAGGGGAUGUGCUGUCGCCUGGUCCCCAGAGUCCAUGGGUAUGUGUGUGGAGUUCUCUGGCCUCUUUCUGUUUCCAGCCCUUAGCCAUAAGCUUUGCAGGUAGAGGCUAGCAUCGGCAACCUGAUGAUGGGGCCAGUAAACAUCUUGGUGUGCUACCUCCUACUUACCUUGGCCAAGGCUGCUACGGACUCAACUAGGGUUGAGUCCUAGCCCAGCUUCUUGCCUUAGUCUGUGCUCCUGAGUGCUGUCCUGGGGACCUGGCCAGAGCUGAGACUUCCCUGCUUGGCUUCAUCCAUCCCCCGACUCACCUACUGGUGUCUCUAGGGCCUUUUCUUAAUAAACUUCUAUCUGCA